AUGUUGGACAUAUAUUUGUCUGUAUUGAAAUACUUAGUUGUACCGUCAUUAUACCCUGCAUCAGCUGCUGAAUUGAGUUAUGAAAUUGUUUCACAUGAGAAGGGUAUUGUCAUCAAAGGUAAGGAAAGUAAAGAUGGAGGUAAUGAGGAAAGUGGUCAUGGAAUAAAAAAUCUUACUGGCAAACCCAGUAAAGAAGAAAAAAAAAGGGCAGCAUGUGCCUUAUCCGUAAAAGUUGGAAGUUUUAGUGAUCCACUCAAAAUUCAAGGUAUGGCUCAUUUUCUUGAGCAUGUGGUGUUAAUGGGUUCCGAAAAAUAUCCCCAGGAAAAUGACUUUGACGAAUUUAUAAAAAAGAAUAGUAUCACUGAAAAUGGUUACACUGACUGGGAGCACACAACAUUUAGCUUAGAAGUGCGAGAAAACUAUUUACUACCUGCCAUGGACCGUUUCGCCCAAUUUUUUAUAAGUCCUCUUAUGGAAAAAAGUGCUAUCACUAAAGAAAGGGAAACUGUAGAAAGUGAGUUCAAGAUGGCCUUACCAUCAGAUUUCUACAGAAAAGAGCAAUUGUUUUGCAGCUGUGCAAAAACUAAUCAUCCUGCCACAAAAUUUUCGUGGGGUAAUUUAAUAACGCUAAAAGAUAAUAUAGAAGAAGAAACAUUGUAUUCAGAAUUGCAUAAGUUCAAAGACAGGCAUUACAGUGCUCAUCGAAUGACUCUGGCUGUUCAAGCUAGACUAUCAUUGGAUGAGUUGGAGAAAUAUGUCAUCGACUGCUUUUCUAGUGUGCCUGUUAACCAUCUGUCGUGUGAUGAUUUUUCUGAAUUCAAAGGCAAAGAUUCUUUCAUUAAUCCAAAUUUUUGCAAGUUAUACAAGGUCAAACCAAUUAAAGAUACCUGUCAAGUUGAACUCACAUGGAUUAUGCCCUCAUUACAUCAUUUGUACAAAACUAAGCCUCAUAAAAUUGUUUCAUGGAUUAUUAGGCACGAAGGAGAGGGUUCCUUAAUAAAUUACCUUCGUCAAAAAUUAUGGUGCUUGCAUAUUUUGAGUGGCAUCAAUGGAGGAGAUUUUGAGCAUAACUCGAUGUAUUCGUUGUUAGGUUUAUCUUUGAUAUUAACUGAUGAUGGGUUCAAGCACUUAAAAGAUGUAUUAGAAGCUGUAUUUUCCUACAUAAGUUUGUUACGUCGAGUGGGUCCUAAUAAAAGGUUAUUUGAUGAAAUUCAGAAAACUAAAGACAUCAGUUUCAGAUUUAUGACUGAACAAGACACUAUAGAUAACGUCACAACUUUAUGUGUAAAUAUGCAUUUGUACCCAUCGAAAGACUUUUUGACAGGAGAAAAUUUAUAUUCUCUCUAUGAUCCGGAAUCUAUAAAACAAUGUAUGGAAGACUUGAGCCCAGAAAAAGUCAAUAUUAUACUUUUUGAUCGGAAAUUUAAUGAGGAAGACUUUGACCAAGUGGAACCGUGGUUCCAGACAAAGUAUUCUAGUGAAGAUAUACCCAAGGAAUGGGUCUCUCGUUGGAAAGAAAUUGAACCUUUUGAAGAAUUUCAUUUGCCUGAACCCAACGAGUUUAUCACGGAUGAUUUCACUUUGAUAGAUUUGCCCGCCGAUGUACCAAGUUACCCAACGAAAAUCUAUCAUGACGAAAAAACAGAAAUUUGGUACAGAAUGGACCCCAAGUUCCGUCUCCCGGAAUGUUACAUUUACUUGCUUUUGCAAACUCCUUAUGCAACAGAAUCUCCGAAAUCGCACGAAGGAGAGGGUUCCUUAAUAAAUUACCUUCGUCAAAAAUUAUGGUGCUUGCAUAUUUUGAGUGGCAUCAAUGGAGGAGAUUUUGAGCAUAACUCGAUGUAUUCGUUGUUAGGUUUAUCUUUGAUAUUAACUGAUGAUGGGUUCAAGCACUUAAAAGAUGUAUUAGAAGCUGUAUUUUCCUACAUAAGUUUGUUACGUCGAGUGGGUCCUAAUAAAAGGUUAUUUGAUGAAAUUCAGAAAACUAAAGACAUCAGUUUCAGGUGA